CUAAGGCGGCGGCGGCUGAGGAGAUAGUGGUGGCAGCGGCGGCUCUGGAGGCCGCACUCCCGGACCUGGCUUCGGCCCCAGCCCCACCAUGGUGACGCUCGCUGAGCUGCUGGUGCUCUUGGCCGCUCUCCUGGCCACAGCUUCGGGCUACUUUGUCAGCAUCGACGCGCACGCCGAGGAGUGCUUCUUCGAGCGGGUCACCUCGGGCACCAAGAUGGGCCUCAUCUUCGAGGUGGCCGAAGGCGGCUUCCUGGACAUCGACGUGGAGAUUACAGGGCCUGAUAAUAAAGGAAUUUACAAAGGAGACCGGGAGUCCAGUGGGAAAUAUACAUUUGCUGCUCACAUGGAUGGAACGUACAAGUUUUGUUUCAGCAACCGGAUGUCUACCAUGACUCCAAAGAUCGUGAUGUUCACCAUUGAUAUUGGGGAAGCCCCAAAAGGACAGGACAUGGAAACAGAAGCUCAUCAGAACAAGCUAGAAGAAAUGAUUAAUGAACUAGCAGUGGCAAUGACAGCUGUCAAGCAUGAACAGGAGUACAUGGAAGUCCGGGAGAGAAUACACAGAGCCAUCAACGACAACACAAACAGCAGAGUGGUCCUUUGGUCCUUCUUUGAAGCUCUUGUUCUAGUUGCCAUGACAUUGGGACAGAUCUACUACCUGAAGAGAUUUUUUGAAGUCCGGAGGGUUGUUUAAAAAGCCUUUUCCUGAUGAUCCCAAACUCAUGAUUUACUGUUUACCAAACAUUUUGCUCAUAAUAAUGUCAUUAGUUUCUACGUUUUAAUUUUCCAAACUGUACAUUCACAGCAUAUGUUUCUUUGUGAUUAAUAGAUAUUGGGGGAAGAUACCUUUUUAGGAAAGUUAUAGUGAAAAAUUGACAUUUGAUUGGCGUAAUAUCCUAUUUAAGUUCUGCCACCAUUUACAGGUCCUUCCAGAAUGCCAACACUGUAAAUGAAAUCGAGGCAUACAGUCCUUAUUCUAUCCUCUUUCCCUUUUGUUUUCAUGCAGUGCAGUUUGUUUAGCACAGGACUCUACCAGUAGUACCUUACUAAGGCGAUUGCUUUCUUUGGAGCCCUUAGUCUGUAGUUCAGGUCAUUAAAGAUUCAUUCUUUUGAAUCCUUAUGAGAGGAUCUUGGCAUUUCUGUCCAGUCUAAUGGCACAGCUCUUGAACUUUGGAGUAUGCUAGUAGGUUGGUACUUUUAUAUUUUAUUUUGUUUUUGCUUUAAAGGUAAGGCAACCCAAUGACUUUUUCCCCCUAAGUUUUUACUUUGAAUCGUUGGAUUCAGAUCACCUCCACAUUUAAAUUGAUGACACAAGCAAGUAAUAACCAUUUUUUGGUAUCUACAUAAUAAUAGAAGUCUCUAUUACAACCAGUCUCUAUUCUCUGGUUGUUUCAGUGAAUGGUAAUUUGUUCUUUCUAUGCUGCCACAUCCACUUUCUCCACUCUUGGCACACAGGAGGUAUGCAUUCAUGUAAUUGGAAAAAUCUGGAUUUCUGACGCCAAAGGGUUAAAGCCUCUUGGAUUUAAUUGCCGAAAAUACAGCCACUACUUUAUUUCUGAUCAGUGGCAUUUGGGCCACUGUUCAAUUGGGGUACUGACCCAUAUUGUCAGUAUAGGGUUUUUGUUUUUGUUUUUCUUAGGUCUUUCUUUUUUGGCACAUGUGAAUUUUGUUUUGUAUAAAACGAAAUGGCUUUCUCUCGGUCUCUGAUGAUGGGUUUAAAAUUAAAGGAGCAUCUGGUUUAGGUAUAGGGAUGAUCCAGGAUUAUGUUGUGACUGAUGUAUAUUAGUUACUUGUACAUUUUUUUUUGGAUCUUUGCAAGGGGAAAACUACAAGUAACGAGUUUUAUAUACUUAAUUUAAAUUUGUUACAGGUUUUCAUGUUCAGGAUAAACAAUUUUUCAACCUUGGGUGAAAAUACUUGCAACAGCUUAAAGUGACUUUUACCUUAGGACAGCUGUUGCAUGCCAAUGUGUGUGUGUGAGAAACACUUCACAAUUGAAUUAAAAGAUGUAAAUUUAAAAUUGGUUGUGUAUCUAAUCUGCCCCAGGUUCAGUAAAUAAACAAUUCUUUUAAA